UGUGCUAUUAAGAACACCACGAAAUUAAUUGAUUCAUUUAAAUAUGUGCAUGUCAUUGUUUAUUUAUUUUAACCUUCCCUAUUGUUACAUAUCAGCUCGUGACCAAGUAACCGUGUGCAGUUAUCGCCCAUCUCUAUAAUCAAGAGAACUGUCUGAAGGCAUAAAAACAAUUUUUUUAGUUUUUAAAGGCCUCGGUUGUUUUGUUUGUCCUAAAUAAAUUCGUGGAGGGAGUCAUCGGCCAGUCUCCCAUGCCCUGGAAGCUACGUUCUUCCAGUAACGUAUCUGGUCAAUGAAGUAUUCAUUUACCUUCGCGUUGUGUCCACAGAGCACCAACCAAAAAACGAAUAUUAUCUAAAUUCUCAAUUAAAUGCAAUAAAUAAAUCAAUCAAAGGCGAAGCAAAUAAUGAGUUUAAGUUUUAAUAGUUCACAAAAAUGUUCGCAUAUUGAUAGCAAGCACUGCAGCUGCACUGAAUUGGACUUGGAUCAAACGACCAGCAGCAGCAACAUGGAACGACGCAGCAUGAACUACCAUGACAAAGAGAAGCUAUUCAGUUAUUCGUUGAAUUCACUUGCCAAGCGUGACGACAGCCUCGAAGAUGAUGCCACAGGUUCUGGAACAGGCCUCGUGGGUCUGCAAAAUAUUGCGAAUACGUGUUAUAUGAAUUCGGCACUGCAGGCUCUCAGCAACCUGUCGCCUGUGACACAUUAUUUCAUCAACUGCAGUGAGAUUGUCGAGCACAUUGCUAGCACACCACGCUCCAAGGUAGCUGGAUUGGCCAAAAGUUAUCAGCGUCUGAUGCAAGAAAUGUGGAUGCAAGCCGACGAGUCAAGAGAUAACAUUGCGCCGCGAGGCAUUUUGUAUGGCAUUCGUUCGGUUCAUCCAAUGUUUCGAGGCUACCAGCAGCAUGACACACAAGAAUUCCUGCGCUGCUUUAUGGACCAGCUGCAUGAGGAGCUAACAGAGCAAAUAAACGCACCAGUUCAACAACAACAACAACAAACGCAGCAGCAAACGCCACCACAGCCAGUGCAGCAACAAGCGAGUGAAACUGACGAUGAUGAGAACUGCGACGAUGAGCAGCAGCCAAAGGCGUGCAAUACGCCCACAGCAUCGGAGAGCGAAUAUGAUACGUGUGAAAGCAGCAUUUCGGAACGCUCCUCUGAAGUGUUAAUGCGAACCGAUUACUUUGCGGCACCUCAGCGUCUCAGCAGCAGCAGCAAUCCUGUUUCAGAUGCGUCGGGUGGUCAACAACAGCAGAGUCCAAAGACCUCUCAAGAGUCCAAGCAAGUGGAGGCGGCACGCUCAAUUAUCAGCGAUGUGUUCGAUGGCAAACUGUUGUCGUCAGUGCAGUGUUUAACGUGUGAUCGCAUCUCGACAAGAGAGGAAACAUUCCAGGAUCUAUCGCUGCCCAUACCCAAUCGAGACUUUCUUAAUGUGCUGCAUCAGACACACAGUCUGAGCGUGCAAAGUCUAAAUGCCGCCGACUUGGCAACGGCGCGCAGCAACGAAGGUUGGAUUUCGUGGAUGUGGAACAUGGUGCGAUCUUGGUUAUUUGGACCUUCUGUAACGCUCUACGACUGCAUGGCCAGCUUCUUUAGUGCCGACGAGUUGAAAGGCGACAACAUGUAUAGCUGUGAACGUUGCAAUAAGUUGCGCACGGGGAUCAAGUAUUCACGCGUACUCAACUUACCGGAGGUGUUGUGCAUUCAUUUAAAGCGUUUCCGACAUGAUCUGUCCUACAGCUCAAAGAUAUCAUCAUAUGUGUAUUUCCCACUCGAAGGGUUCGACAUGCGGCCGUACUUAGACAAAAACUGCAAAUCGCAAGUACCCACCUACAAUCUGUGCUCGGUUAUUUGUCAUCAUGGCACCGUUGGAGGCGGACAUUAUACGUGCUAUGCGCGUAAUUCUCUCAAUGGACGCUGGUAUGAGUUUGACGAUCAAUUCGUGACGGAAGUUUCGCCCGAAGUGGUCCAGAACUGUCAAGCCUAUGUGCUAUUCUACCAAAAACACAAUCCACAAAUGCAAAUGCUGCGCGAAGAAGCCAUCAAUUUGUCAACAGCAAAUCCAUUAUACGAAGGCGAUAUACAAUUCUAUGUGACACGCGAGUGGCUAUCACGGCUGGCCACAUUUUCGGAGCCGGGGCCAAUCAAUAACCAGGAAAUGCUUUGUCCACACGGCGGCAUUCUACAUUCCAAAGCAGCGCUAAUUAGUCAAAUUGCUGUGCCCAUUCCCCAGCCGUUAUGGGAUUUCCUGUACAACCGAUUCGGUGGUGGUCCCGCUGUGAAUAUAAUGUUUGAGUGUGAGAUUUGUAAGCGUGCCGCAGAUGCGCUAUCUCGCCGACAGCUCUACGAGCUGGCCGUCUUUACCAAAUACAAUGGACUGCAGAAUGAGUUGGACACAACGGCCAUCUAUGCCAUUGCUAUGCCUUGGCUUCGUGCGUGGCAGCAAUUCUCUCGCGGCAUAACCCACAAGGAGCCGGGACCCAUCAACAACGAAGGCAUUGCCGACACCAAUUCGCAUAAUGGCUCAGCUAUUAGUUGCGUGCGCGCUGGCUCGGAUUACGCCCAGCUUAAUUCGCUUCUUUGGCGAUUUUUGCAUGGCAUUUAUGGCGGAGGUCCGGAAAUAAUGCUGAGAAGUGCUCUGUCCGAUGAUGAGGCUGAUGAGAUUGAAAUUAUCGAUCAAGACGAUGAAGAGGAUGAAGAUGAAGACUUGGGUGCCAUCUACAUGAACAAUCAAUCCGAUACCGAAAGCAAUCCGGGUCGACUUAACAACACUGACAGUCCAAUUGCAUCGUCAACCUUGACGCCAGAACCGCUGCCGUCAAUUGAGGACGAGACGCCAACGAUAAAAUCCGAACCUGCCACAUCAGAUACCAUGUCCAAUGGCAGCAACAGCAAUAGCACCGCCUCGAAGCGGGGCAAGUCGGGUGGCAAGGCCAUCAAAGUGGCUGCGUUGCGCAUGAAUAUGCGUAAACGAGGCAGAAAUCGCAAUGCGAUGAAAGUGCACGCGGAGAUGUUUGGUGCCAAAGGACAAUACAAUCCACAAACAGAUGCCACAGCUGAGUCCAAAGCAGAUGCGGACCAAAUUAAUGAAGUUCAAAGAUCAGCUGCAGCAACAACAACAGCAACAGCAGCAACAGCGACACCAGCAACUGGAGGAACCGCAUUUCAAACAGAGUACACCAUACCAUUCCAAAGCGAUAAUUUCCAAGUCAAUGGGCCAAGUGACAAGAAGCGUGAGCGAAGAAAGUUACGCAAUAAUAACAAGGAGAACGUUAAGCUGCAGAAAUUUGUGACGCUACGCGAGGCAAAUGGAGCCAAUGACGAGACUGAUAUAUGAUCGAUAGCCAGUUCGAGUUCGAAAUGGAAAGCAUUUUCGGAGAGUCAAUCGCCGCCGAAAUUUAGGCCAAAAUCAAAAUUUAGGCGUAAAAAAUAAUCGUUGUUUUUAUUUAGUUAAAUACCUCAGCAUUUAAUGGGGUGGAGGCUACAUAAAGUAUGUAAAAAUUGUAUUUAUAAAUUGCAACAUAUGGAUGGCUAACCCAAUAUUGUAGAGAACAGUAAUAGUACUAGUUGUUAAGGAACCCAGUACCCAGUACAUGGAUGAAUGAAUGAAACUUAUACAAUAAGAUGAAGUGAGUGAGCGGCUCUAUGUGUGUGUGCUCUAUGCACUCGUUUUAUACACUCAAGUCACAACAAACAAAAUUGUACAUAAUGAUGAAGCCAAUGUUUAAUGGUGCAAACACUAAAUAAAUGAGAAUAUCUUGAGUAACAAAUACACCGAGAAAUGGUUAAGAAA